GGGUCACAAGGCUGAGAAAGGGAUUGAAGAAGUUGAUUUACGUUAGCACAAUGGCUACCGUCAGUCAGAUUUGGCCAUUUGAGAGGAGACGCUGCCUGAAACACCAUGGAAUCAUAAUACUGUUAUUUUUGGAUCUAUGUUUGCAAUGUGUGAAUGGGUACCUGAGCUCCCCACACGUGGGACAGGAGCCCCCUUACAGCCAAGAUGCUCAGCCAGUCAUCACCAGCCCGGUGGUUCCUGCUCCAUCAUCUGCAUCUCCAACUGAUUCAGACAGCUAUGCUUCCAAAUGCCCCAGUGGGGGUCAAUGCAACAGACUGCCCGGUGACUGCAUCAACUGCAGCUAUCACCACAACUGUAGCUAUGGCAAACCAGCCUCUUUCUCUUGCAAGGCCAAGAGAGGAGUCCACUGCACAGGGGAGUCGGGGCAGCAGCAGACCAACUUCUCCCUGUCCAUCACGUGCCAGUUCUGCUGGCAGCUGGACCCAUCUCAGUACAGGUGCUCCAACUCCACCAGCUGUAUGACGGUCGCCUGCCCUCGCAAACGCUACAACGCCACCUGCCAAGUACUGGACCACGUACACUGCUUAGGUAAAAGAAAAUUUCUGAAACGUUUGUAUUGCAACUGGACAGGAGGGUACAAGUGGUCUACAGCACUGGCACUCAGCAUUACACUAGGUGGAUUUGGGGCUGACCGGUUCUAUCUAGGCCAGUGGAGAGAGGGUCUGGGCAAGCUGUUCAGCUUCGGUGGCCUGGGCAUUUGGACCCUGAUUGAUGUGCUGCUGAUUGGGGCGAGCUAUGUGGGGCCAGCCGAUGGCUCCCUCUACAUCUGAAACCUGUGAUUGAUGCCCACUCCACAGGCAUGAUGGUUGUAGGGUUGAUACCCUCUCCAUUUCUGUUCAGACUGCCUGACUGUAAAGAUCCACUCCAUGGAGAUGCCAUCCCAUUAUCACACCGUCUGCCUGCCCAAACUCCCACUGUCUGCAAAGACAGACUUCUUGUCCCAUCUGCCACCAGUGCAGCUUCACUGUCAGCCUUGUCAGGUCCGCCUCUACCUACACAUGUCAGAUCAUCAAGCCCAAGCAGCCUUCAGUGGUAUACUGUAAUACAAGCUGCACUGAGCAUAGUUUUGGAGUUGUUUGGUUAAUGGUGAUUAGAGUUGGUCAGGCUGAUGUGGACUGACUGGAGAAUGGGAGGUAGGCACAGUUGAGAAGUGCUUGGAAUUAUACUGUAACCAUGGCCACCAAUGGGGAUCCUUACUCACUGCAUGUAUAGGAGACCAUCAGUAACUAUGGCUACGGAACACAAAAUAAAUGGAGUUAUUAUUAUAAUUCCGAUAAAAGAAACAAAAAGUGCUUGGAAGAAAAGCAUAGUGUUUCUUCCCUGCAGGUUUUGUAAAUGCAUGUGGCACCUGCUAAGUGUGAUGGAUGGUUAUGUGCAUCGGUGGAUAGCAGAUCAACCGUCCAGUGUUCUGUCUGCAAACCAACCAGCAAAAAAAUACUUGAACGGUUAUUUUCUUUGGAGUGUAACAUUGCAACAUGAAUGUCAGAUUGCUUGGUUGAAAAUGUGGUUGGGAUACAGAUUUGGGGAAAUUACAUGGUGGUUAUUAUGGCUUGGGCUUAUAUUGUGUAUUUAUUUUGCAUUGUGGAUGUGCACCACAGGAGGCUGCUGAGGGGAGGACGGCUCAUAAUAAUGGCUGGAACGGAGCGAAUUGAAUGGCAUC